ACGUUCUUCACUCGUUGCUCUUCGUCAUCGUCACUGCUCUCUCUAUCUUGCCUCACCUCCCUUCCCUCCACCUGCUGGACUCUGAAGCGAGCAGAGUUGAGUCUCCAGUCACUAUGGAUAUUGCCAUUCAGCACCCCUGGUUCAGACGGGCCCUGGGCUCAGCCUACCCCGCCCGACUCUUUGACCAGUUUUUCGGAGAGGGCAUGUUCGACUACGACCUCUUUCCUUACACCACCUCCACCAUCAGCCCCUACUACAGACAGUCACUGUUCCGCAACUUUUUGGAUUCUUCUAACUCUGGCAUCUCUGAGGUGCGGUCCGACAGGGAUAAGUUCACAGUCUACCUGGACGUCAAGCACUUCUCCCCCGAUGAGCUCUGUGUGAAGGUCACUGACGACUACGUGGAGAUCCAGGGCAAGCAUGGAGAAAGACAGGACGACCACGGUUACGUCUCUCGCGAGUUCCACCGCCGCUACCGCCUCCCCUCCAGCGUCAACCAGCCAGCGAUCACCUGCUCCCUGUCGGCCGAUGGUCUGCUGGUUCUGACCGGGCCCAAGGUCAGCGGGGGGAGUGAAUCUGGCCGCAGCGAGCGCAGCAUCCCCGUCACCCGUGACGACAAGCCCAACGCUGCUGUAUCCUCUUAGAAGCCCGGUCGGUGGGGGGGUUGACCAGUCUUUGACCCUGCCCCUUUCCCCAACAACCUGCAUCCACUGGGGGCGGACGACCACCGUCUCUCCUCCUCGCUUCACUUUCUCCUCUAGAGAUUCUUCUUAGCACACUCUCACAGUACCAUUAGCAUUGUUGCUUUGAGUUUAACAAACAUCACCCAUAUAAGGGUGGUUAGGUGAGGGGCGGCUGGAGGUUUUAAGGAGAAAAGUCAGGUCAGGACGAGGCAUUCACGCGACCCGACCCCUCAAUCUGCUGGUUGUUGUUGGGUUCGCGUCAGAGACAUUCCUCUGACAGUGCAGACGGUCGGAGUUGAGAUUGGGGGUAAAUGCCUUGUCCUAUAGAUUUGCCAUCAGUGAAGUUCUCGGAGCCCUGGCUGCAGCCGUUCUUCUUCUUCUCUCUCGUCUUAAAUAUAUCCUGUCCUGUAAUCUAGGCCUUGUUCAGUGGAGACCACACCUGCUCAUUACUGAGAAGUCCAUACUAAAGAAACAUAUAAUAAAGCUGUACGAUUAACAAACUCCUGUGUGAAUUUCUCCGUCUGUGUUUGUGUGUAACUAAGGGAUCUUCAAUCUUCAAUCUUGUUAAACGUAAUAUUAUAUAUAAUAUAUAUGACCGCAGAUAUAACUACAAAAGGCCAUUUCUGAAGAGACUGCUGUAGGAAUGCCAGCUGCUGAUUGGUCGACGCUCAACUGGAUCGGCUUGAAUGUGGACG